UCAUAAUGUCAAAUGGAUAGUAAGUAACUCUUCAUUCAGAGUUUGUUUAAUGUGCAUAUAUUGAUGAAGGAAUAUAUCUACAGUGAAUACAGUCAGUCUUAAUAAUUAGAGGAUAUUAUGUACAUGUUUUCUAUGAUAGGCAAUAAUAUACAGCAGUUGUAUUCGAUUUGGUUUACGCUGUUGUCUUACCAAAAUUGUUUAGAGAUCUCAAAUGACUGACAUAACUGGCUGAGUGUGAUGACUUAUGUACAGAAACUGCUGUUAGUAGGGGAAAGAGGUUGAAUCAAGUAAUGCUUAGGGUGUGAGGGGUCUGUAAUGGUUUUCCUUGCCCCUGUUUCUUGACUUUGAAGGUGUACAAGUCGAUAUGGCCCCAGUUAUAUUUUCUGCAGACUUAACUGUCUGUUUAAGCCUGUUCCUGUCUAGACCUUACCAUGAGUGAUGUGCAGAGGACAAACUCAGUAACAGCACUAUAGAACAGGAUCAACAGCUAAUUCUCAUCACUGACACAGGGAGUAACUUUGUACUUGUAAUGGAGUCUAUGUAACAGUGCCACUUCUGUUCCUGGGAGAUCCCAGAAUGUUGCUCGUUUCCACAGCCAGCAUAUUACUGUUGAGUAUGGUGAGCUGGGGGAGUGUGUGUGUGUGUGUGUGUGAAGUCCACUGUCAUCUCCACAUUUACAAUAUACUUGUAUCAAGCUUCAAAGCAGUGUAAUUCAAUACAAUACAGCACUGUCUGAAAAUAGUUAAAUCAUUGUGUCAGCAGAAUUACCAUGAAAAAUUAUUAAAAUUAAGCGCUGACCUUACAAAGGCAAUUCAUUGCAAAAGCAUUGUAUAGAACUACAGUACAUUGCUCAAGUGUCACUUUUACUGUGUCCAUCCUGUUCUUCUUACAACAUAGAUGGUAUUCUUAUAAUAUUAAGUUAGGACAACCUUAUUUUGCUUUGCCCUCCCUUGGUCACGUGUGGUGCAAGAUAAUAUUAAACAUUUAGAAUGCAGUUGUGUUAUUGCAGAUUGCACUGUCCGCUGUUGUAAUUAUCCUCUCAGUCUCUUGGUGACGCUCUUUUAUAAUGCCUGACUCAUGGAUGCUAUGGCGUGUCUCCUAUCUGUGUCAGUGGAACUGGAGUAUUGGGUUAGAGCCGAGGGCUGUGUAUGCAUGAAUGUUUGUGUUUGUGUGGAUGUGUAUGAGGGAGAGAAGGAGAGGGAGAGUGGGUUAGAGAGAGAGAGUGAGGUCGAGAGAGAGAAGGAGAGAGAGGUAGAGAAAGAGAGGGAAAGAGAGAGCCGUGGUGAAAAGGGGAUAGAGAGAGGAAUCCAAGCUGACGGCUUCCCUAAUAGAGCAUGAGUAACUCAGCUAGAGAAGCAGGGAUUCGUUGGAUUACAGCAGCAUUUUCAGUUCGAUAUUUGGAUGUACAUGUUUAGGAUUUAGCUAUAAUGUCGACAGCAAAUUUGUUUCUGAAAGCAUGUUUAAUAAUGGACCAGCGAAUAAAAUUUAAAUGGUGGCUGAAUUAUUUAUUGUUUACCCUCCUUUUUGGUGUUUCUUUUGGAGAAGUCCGUUAUGUUCUUCCAGAGGAGAUGCAGCGGGGGUCGGUUAUCGGGAACGUUGCUCGGGAUCUGGGGCUGCGAGUGACGGAGCUUGCUGCUCGUCGCGCCCGGGUUGUUGCAGAGGGAACAAGCCAGCUGUGUGAACUGGACACUGCGUCAGGCAGUCUUUUGAUCAGCCAACGGAUAGACCGAGAGGAGCUUUGCGCGCAAGCAACUGUCUGCAUCUUACAGUAUCAGCUCUUACUUGAGGAUCCCCUUCAAGCAUACAGCUUAGUUUUGGAUAUUGCAGAUAUAAAUGACAACAGCCCAGUUUUUGCUGCAGGAGAGAUAAACCUAGAUUUAGUGGAAUCUACAGUUCUAGGGAGGCGCUUUCCGUUGGAGAGCGCGCAUGACCCCGAUUUGGGCAUCAACUCUGUCCGUGAAUAUAAACUGAGCCCGAAUGAUCAUUUUGCACUGGAAAUGAGUUCUCAAAUAAAUGGCAAUGCUUAUCCGGAGCUAGUCCUUAAAAAGGCCUUGGACCGGGAGGCACAGGCUGAACAUGUACUGAAAAUCAAUGGAAUUGACGGGGGAAAUCCGGUCAGAUCAGGAACUGCUUCUAUCCACAUCCGUGUUUUGGACGCCAAUGAUAAUGUCCCAGUUUUUAGCCAACGAGUUUACAAAGCUUCUGUACCAGAGAACUCGGCCGUAGGGACUGUCAUAGCAAAACUGAAUGCCACGGACUUAGAUGAAGGUGUUUAUGGAGAGAUAACGUACUCUUUCAGUCACCUGUCAGACAAGAUUGGAGGAGUUAUUGAAAUGAACCCUCAGAGUGGAGAAGUACGGGUGACAGGGCUCAUUGACUAUGAAGAGGCUAGUACGCACGAGCUGGAUGUUCAGGCUAAAGAUGGCGGCGGUCAGGCCUCUCACUGUAAACUUAUAAUUGAUGUAAUUGAUGUAAAUGAUAAUAAACCCGUGAUAGAAAUAAAGUCGGCCUCUGCUAACGUAGCUGAAGACUCUAAGCCAGGAACUAUGGUUGCUCUGAUUAACAUUUAUGACCUGGACACUGGAAGCAGUGGGCGUGUCACGUGCACAAUCUCAGACAAUGUUCAAUUUAAAUUUGUAUCAGAGGUGAAAAACUACUACAUGUUAGUUACUGACGGAUUAUUAGACAGAGAACUUCAACCAGAGUACAACAUCACAAUCACGGCCACUGAUGCGGGCUCUCCCUCACUCUCCAGCGUAAAAGUUCUAACAAUCGUGGUUAAUGAUAUAAAUGAUAAUCCCCCGACUUUUACACAGAGCGAGUACAAUGCCAACAUUUUGGAAAACCAACCAAUUGGCACGUUUGUGAUGAAAGUGAAAGCAGAGGACACUGACGAUGGAUCUAAUGCUAGAAUACUGUACCAAAUAUCAAAGGACUCAAAUUCUGAAGCGUCCUCUUUUCUCACCAUCAACUCAGAAACAGGGCAGCUCUUCACAUUACGUCGUUUUGAUUAUGAACAGUCAGUUCACUUCCAAAUUAAGGUGAUAGCUCGAGAUGGAGGCGACCCUCCACGCUCCACCACCUGUACCAUAAACGUUUUUAUUAAGGACCAAAACGAUAAUACACCUGUUGUCCUAUAUCCUGUCCAAACCACCGGGUUCAUUGCUGAAGAUAUGGUGCCAGUAGAAGCACCUAGAGGGUACCUGGUUACUAAAGUGGUAGCUGUGGACGCAGACUCUGGCCAUAACGCCUGGCUUUCUUAUAGAAUAAUCAAAGCAACGCGACCUAAUCUGUUUACGGUAGGCCUGCACACAGGGGAAAUCAGAACAGCGCGAGCUUUCAUGGAGGACGAUGAACCGAAACAAACUGUUGUCGUUUUAGUAACGGAUAACGGGUCGGAAUCUCUCUCCGCCACUGCUACUGUCAGUAUAGUAAUUGGUGACGGUCUGCCUGUUUUAAACGAACUUUUUGAGUUCACUGAUGAAUCACAGGGCAACGAUAAUUUAACGCUCUAUUUGAUUAUCGCUCUCUCAACCGUUUCCUCCCUUUUCAUCAUUUUAAUCAGCGCAGUGUUUUAUUUUAAGCUCUGCCGGCGUGGUUAUGUUUACCGUUCGACCACCGCCAGUCUCCCCGUUUUCCCCACGACCUACUGCCCCCCCAGCUUUACAGAUUUAAGUCGUUGUGGGACCCUCCUGAAAGAUGACCGGUAUGAUUCCUUCCUGACCACUGGGUCGUGGAGAGGUGAUUUUCGCUUUGGCUCAAGCACAGACACUGACACACUGAAGAAAAGAAGUGCAGCCUAUCAAAAAAACACCUUAAGGCGCACUAGUACAGACAGAGCUAGUCUGAAGGUGAGGGCAGGUGCACCGCAUCCUUGCUUCGUGGUCAAGUGAGACUCGGCCAUAACAUAUUGUAAAUAUGUGGUGGAAUAAUAAUAAUAAUAAUCCAUUUGCAAUGAAUUCAGUUAGGACCUUCUGACUGUCAAAUAUAUUAUGAUUCCACUCAUUUUCUCAUGGUUAUUUAGAAUUACAAGGAAAAUCCAAUACUGUUGUUGAGUUUAAAGCAUCAAGAUUUUUCAUGGAUAUGUUAUUAGUUCAUCAAAACGUUUUGUAAUUGUAUUGAAGAUUUGCAUAUAACCUCAACCGUGCUCCCACGCCCAUCCCCCACCCCGGCCCAAUUUUGAACACAGAAAGCAAUCUUAAGGUUGUACAUAAUCUAUAUUCUGGAAUAUUUUCUAAAAUAGUAUCACAUGAGCAUAAAUAAAUAAAUGAUUCUAUCUGCAUUUUUUUUAGCAGGCAGUUGUUUGUGGUAACUUAUGUCAGGCUUGUUUUAUUUGCCUGCCUGUCUGUCACUAGUUAGUAGCCUCUAUGUGACUUUCUCUCUCUUUUCAGCACGUUUAGUUUUCUCUGAUUUAUUAUCUGUAAAUGUGUAUUGUUCUCAUACCUUAACUAACUAACAUCAGGACAUGAAGUGUUUAUGAAAAACAUACAGCAUGAGUAAUAUCUGUUUUCUUUAAAAGUUCAAACAUAAAUAUUGGAUUGUCAGUUGAGAAGAGGAAUCUAAUCACUUAAAUGAUUACAUAAAUCUGAUGUGUGUCAUUUCCUGCACUUAAAAUGCACAGUAGACCUCUCUGAAUAUGUCCUCUGAGAGUGAUAUAUUUGAGGGAAUAUAGUCCUCACUGUUAUAUUUUGCUUUGUCUGUUGGUGUAGUUAUUUUUGCCUCUUUGUGUGUGUGUUUUUUUUAAUUGUAGUCAAUUUAUUUUACUUGGAAUACACUACAGCCAAGAUGAUGCUAUGUUAUGUUUUCACAAAACAACACAUGAUUUGUUUUAUCACAUAGGCCAAAACAAAACAAAACAAAAAAGAUUGUGCUACAUGUCAUGAAUUGAACAAUAUGUGAUCAGACUGUAUGUAUUUGAUAAAAAAAUAAACUUGAAGAGAAGA